AUGGCUUCAGUGACCGGUUCAAGGAAAGGAGAGGUAUCCAAAAAGUUACUACCUCGGAAGAAGAAGCUGAGAGAACGAGCACAGAAGUUUAAUGUCAGGUGUUAUUCGUUACGUGAGAGGUUCGAUCAUGUGAAAGAUUUUCAAGAUUGGUUAACUAAAGAGUCAGCAAAAGCUCCUUGGUAUUUAUUUUCUACUUACAGAGCGGGACCUAUCUCCAAGCAAAUAUAUGCAUGUUCAUUUCGCAAAAGGCUGGGAUACAAAAAAUGUGAGCGGCAGUUGAUGGUGCUAUUUUAUCCCUGCGGACCGGUUGAAGUUAUGGACUCCGAUGAGGAUCCUAAACAUGUCCAUUAUCCGAUUGAUGCUGCCGAAGAAAGCAGGGAGUUGCGUACGGUGAUUUCUCUACGUAGUCCGGCCGAGUUUUCAAGUUGGAUGGCCAAACAGCGGGAGCGGUUUGCCUGGCACCGACGGGCCGGACGUCGUUCAUUUUCCAACAUUGAUUACUACCAAUGUGCGAGCGUUGGUAGUGAUGGAAGAAUGUGUAAGCGAAUAAUGCAUGUUGAGUACACCCCGGAAAACGGCGUCAUCGUUAAGGAACUUGAGAACUUACCCCCACACGACCAGGUUCCUGCUCAUCGGAAACCGUUCAAUGGGCAAGUAAAGCAGGUAAAACGGCAUAAACGUGCUGAAAGUGACAGUGAAUAUUUGCCUUCCACCAGUGCAUAUAAGCCGACUCACUUGCGUGCAAGAAAAAAUAUGUGCGAUGCAUUAAGUCUUGGUUGUAAUCGUGAAGUUUUGGAAGAUGCUACUGAAGUAAAGGAUUCGGGCACAUCCCUUGAGGAUUUUGUUAUAAUUCCCGACGAAGAGUAUGAAGUAGAGGAUGGCGAGAAGGGAACGGAUCCUGCAGAAAAAACUGUAAAAACUGAGGAAACAUUCUCUGGCGUAUGCGAUUGGUCAGUUAAAGAGUGUGUGAGUAGUGUGAUUGUCAAAUCAGAGGUUCAGCCAGACAAAGACAAUGAUGCUGUUAGUCUUCCAAUGCGAUUUUCUGAGAGGGAUGCACCAGCACUCGGCCGGGAUGAAGUAAAGAGUACAGAUGACUCCAAGUAUAAUUUGGAGAAUUUCGCUGAAGAGCUUGCUAAUAAACUGUCCAAAACACCGUUGGAAAGGAUGGCAGAGAUAAGAGAAAGUGUGCGUCGUGAGAUGGAUGAAGUAUUUGCGCAGCAGAUAGUGAGGGAAAUUGUCAGCAGAUCAUAUUCGUUUGAUGCUAGACGGGAAGUUCUUGAUCGAAUUCGUCAGGUGUUUCAACCUUCCACAUGA